AUGGCAGGGCAGAAGCGGAAGAUCGAUGAGAUAACGAGUCCGAGCGAUAAUGACAACCAGACUAAUCGUGCUCAGGUCCCGGAUCCGGACACAGGGCUCAUCGGUAAACGGCCCAGGCUGUUGAUCGCGGGGACGGCUGGCCAAGGACCGGCUAUGCCCGCCGUCGUUGGGAGCAAGUUUGGAAUUGGUGAGGCCCUUGGUAGUGGAGAUCCCCCAGCGAAGAAAGGAGAGGGGAAGGGGAAACGACGGCUGGAACAAGUCAACACCGAUGACGAAGAGGAUGGGGAGGGCGAAGACGAAGACAAUAAUGGCGAGGGUGAGGAAGAAGAGGUAGAGACGCCGGCUGACAACAGAAAAGUCACCGCAGGACCAUCGAGGAAAGCAGCGCCGCCAAAGAAGCAGCCCCGUCGUCGAAGACGAGGGGAUCCGGAACCAGAUUACUCGGAGACCAUGCGUCUAAAGAUGAAGAGUACCAAACGGACUGGCCAGGCGUGUGACCGUUGCAGGGUGCGCAAAUUGCGAUGCGAUCGCAAUCUUAGCGGUUGUUCUCAGUGUGAUGCUGCUGGAGUACCUUGCAACACGACUGACAGAGCCACGGGUACGACUCAAACCCGGGGAGCCCUACAGGAAUGCGAACAGGGCAGAGAGCAACUGAGACAAGAAAACGCAAGACUCCGCGCAGAGAUCGAACAGCUGAGGCAGCAAAAUACGACCUUGCGGCAGCAGUUGUUGAUCUACGAGAACAUGUUCCCCACACAGAAUAUGAAUGUUCCAAACGAGCCACCGGUAAGACACACCCCUACUUACUGGCCACCCCCGGGUGCGAAUGACCAGUAUCACCAGCCGCCCUACGAUGCAUGGUCAAGCAAUGCCGUCUACGAUAUUCUCGACAACUUUCCUCCAUUAACACAACAGUUUGCCCCCAACCUACUCAACGCCCCCGAAAGAUACGAUAUAGACCAAAUACUACCGCUCCCUCCUGAUUUCCAGCCUGCCCAGCAGGAGCAGAUUCCUAUUCGUGCUGACCCUUUCACGCUGCCCCUUCCAGCCAACAAUCCUCCGCUAACUAACCUCAAUGCUGGAAAUCUAGCUGUGAACCCUGAUCCAACUGACCAUGCACAGACCCUACUCCAGCUCGAGCAGGAGCGAGUGGAGCUAGAGCGAUUCUUUGACCUGGCUGUCAGGGAUAUUGCUCCCCAACAACAAGGAGGAAACGAUGCCUUUCAGCAGAAUGAUUUGGCUGCUAAUGAUGUACCAGUUGCCAAUGACGGAGCCCAAGCACUUGAGUAUUUCACAUUUCAGCCUCCUCAAGGGGGCAGUAAUGACUUCCAGCAGAAUGGCCGAAGUGGCGAUGAUGGGGCCCCAUUUAGAUAA